AUGUUGCCCCCAAAAUAUCCUGAUUAUAUCCCUGCCGCCCAGAAGCCUCACAUCACCAUUCUGGAGCGCGAGUCCACGCGCAGCGCCCAUCUGCGCGGCCAGAACAUUGACAUUCGCGGCGCGGGUGUGACCAUCAUCCGCAAGCUAGGGCUCGAGGCACAGAUUCGAGCUUCUACCACUGGAGAAGAAGGGGUCCAGCUAGUUGAUGAGCACAAUCGCGUCUGGUCACAGAACCGCGUUGAUAAGACCGGCGAGAUACAGAUGCCAACAAGUGACAUUGAGAUUCUUAGAGGUAGGCUUGCUGAACUGUGUUGGAGGAACAGCCAGCGGGUCAGUGCUGAAGCUGAGAACGAGGGUGCUAAGGGCAUUGAGUACAUAUUUGGAGAUUAUCUCGAUAAGAUCGAGCAGGAUAACAACCAGGUGCAUGUGCACUUUGCUAAGAGCGGCGAGUCAAGAAGCUUUGAUCUUCUGGUUGGAGCUGAUGGUAUGCAAAGUCGGACACGGAAGAUGGUCUGGAGGGAAGAAGGCGAGAAAGACCGAUUGAAGCGGAUAGGAAUGUUUGCCGGCUUCUUCAGCAUCCCACGCGAGGAACAGGACGGUAAGUGGAGACGGUGGUUUCAUGCUCCUGGUCGGCGCGGUAUCAUGUUACGACCAGACAGCCUUGGAUUGAGGUCCACUAUCUUCAUGUAUGUUGUGAAUGAGAAGGACGCAAAAUUUGUCGAGGUCGCGAUGAAGGGGAAUAGAGGUGUUGAAGCGCAGAAGGCACUGCUGGAGGAAUACCUCAAAGACGCCGGGUGGGAGUGCGACAGGAUCAUUCGGGAGAUGAAAGUAACAGACGACUUCUACUAUGACGCUGUCUCGCAGGUAAAAAUGGAGAGUUGGAGUAAAGGAAGGGUGGUGCUCCUGGGUGACGCAGGAGAUUGGAAAGCUAUUGCGCCUCUCCCAUAUCGGGCUUGGGCACCACCUUGGCUUUUAGCGCAGCCUACAAGCUGGCAGAAUUAUAUCAAAGGAAAGAGUCCGGACCCUUCAGCUGCACUUGCAAAGUACAAUGAGCAAAUGCGACCUAUCGUCAAGGAUGGGCAGGAGCUAGCCCCUGGUCAGCCGUACAUUAUCAAUCCAGAAAUUGCUUGCGGUGUUUGGAUUAUGCGAGUACUCAUUCGGUCACUAUCUUAUACCAGGAUCAUCUUCAUUGUCGUCAAGUUCUUUGGAAAGAUCGUCCAUUUGGGACCUCAAGCAGCGGAUUAUGUCGAGGUUGAGGACUUUGGCUUUAAAGAGAUGUCAAUAUGGAAGGAACAGGACAUUGAUAAGCAGACUUAA